GAGAGCAGAACACUCUGUUCUAAUAGAAGCAUCGCCUUCAGAGAAAACAGAGUAGAGUGCGCAGUUUAAUUUUUAGGCGCAGGAUAGCAACAAUGGUGCACCCAAUCGCGGAGGCGAACGAGCACAACCCCUUCGGCGACCUCACUCCGGACGAGUUCUACGCUCACCACUCAGUGAGUCACGGCACCGAGUUCAUCACCAAUUCCCGCGGCCUCAAGCUUUUCACCCAGUGGUGGACCCCACUCCCUCCGGCCAAACCAAUCGGAACCCUCGCCGUCGUGCACGGCUUCACCGGCGAGUCAAGCUGGUUCAUCCAGCUCACCGCCGUACACUUCGCCAAAGCCGGAUUCGCCACCUGCGCCAUCGACCACCAGGGACACGGCUUCUCCGACGGGCUCGUCGCGCACAUCCCCGAUGUCAACCCCGUCGUCGAUGACUGCAUCUCGUUCUUCAAUUCCUUCCGUUCCCGCUUCGAUCCCUCGCUUCCUUCCUUCCUCUACUCCGAAUCCCUCGGCGGCGCUAUCGCGUUGCUCAUCACGCUCCGCCGCGAAAAUCCGCCGUGGAACGGGCUAAUCCUCAACGGCGCGAUGUGCGGGAUCAGCGCGAAAUUCAAACCGCCGUGGCCGUUGGAGCACUUUCUCUCAAUCGCGGCGGCGAUCAUCCCGACGUGGCGCGUGGUUCCCACGCGCGGCUCGAUCCCGGAGGUUUCGUUCAAGGUGGAGUGGAAGAGGAAAUUGGCCAUGGCGAGUCCGAGGAGGACGGUGGCGCGUCCACGCGCCUCCACUGCGCAGGAGCUGCUGAGGAUAUGUAGAGAGCUGCAGGGGAGGUAUGAGGAGGUGGAGGUGCCGUUCCUGGUGGCGCACGGCGGGGAUGACGUGGUUUGCGACCCGGCGUGCGUGGAGGAGCUGUACUCACGCGCCGCGAGUAAGGAUAAGACUCUGAAGAUUUAUCCUGGAAUGUGGCAUCAGUUGGUUGGAGAGCCACAAGAGAACGUGGAGCUGGUGUUUGGGGAUAUGCUAGAGUGGCUUCGCAAACGCGCCGCCGUAGGCGGUGGCGCUUAGGGUGGCUAACCGGUUGUACUUGUUUCUUUGUCAUUAUUUCAUAAGAUAAGAUAAGGAAAAAAAAUACAAUAAAAUAAAUUAAUAGUAUCAUUUUCAGAAAAAAUGUUGAGAACUUCAUUGGUUGGUUGUUAUGCAGCUAUUAAUGUGAUGAGUUGAUUGAGUUCUACCAACAGAUCAGGAGCAAUAAAUGUGUUUUUAUGUCAUGAAAUCAAUAGCUUUUUUUGUAACCAAAAAACUUGAUACAAUUUGUAUUUAAUUU